AUGCAUGGCCCAUAUCACGCUCGGUUCGCCCGAGCCGCCUCCGUCGUCGUCGUCCAGCACGGAUGCUGCUGCUGCCGCCGCCGCCGCCGUCUGCUCAUCAUCCUCGCGUCCACCAUCAGCGCGGCGCUCGCCGUCGCCGUCUCGCUGGCCAUCUACUUCGCCGUGCGGCUGGGGCCGACGGGUGAUGUCAUCCUUGCUUCUACCGAGGCGAUCACGCGCACGUGCGGGCCCACGCUGUACCCGGGCGCUGUGCGUCAGCGAGCUCGCGGCGCUCCCCGGCGCGGCGGCCGCGCGGGACGCAGACCUCGUGCCCAUGUCGCUCCGAUCCCCGACGCCACGGAGCUGGUGGCCGCGCGGGCGCCGCCGGACGACGCUGCUGCUGAUGGCUACGGCAUCAGCGACUUCCUCGAGAUGCUCGAGGCCGCGGCCGACCUACUCAACCGCUCGGUGGCCGCCGCCACGGCGCCUGCUGCUGCGGUCGCAGCUGCCGCCGUGCACGACGACGUCAUGACCUGGCUCAGCGCGGCGCUCACGUACCACGACACGUGCCGCGACGGCCUUCAUGAACAAGUUGACGCCGACGGCAAGGACGGCCGCGCCGUCAAGGCCCAGAUGCUUGGGUACCUCGCCAACCUCAGGGAGCACCUAAGCAACAGCCUCGCCAUCUUCAAGGCGUGGGGAGCACCACCGGAUGGCGACGUCUCCGGCGCUGUCCCCGUCAGGAAACGACAGCUACUGUCAGCCAGCAGCGGCCACGGCGACCUCACCUUUCCGGCGCCAAGCCAAGGACGGCAGCGGAACGCACCAGAGCAUCGGCGACGCCGUGGAGGCUGCUCCCGUGCACAGCGCCCGCGCCGAGUCGUGAUCUACAUCAAGGCAGGCGUGUACAGCGAGAACGUCAAGGUGGCGCGCAACAAGACGAACCUGGUGCUCGUCGGCGACGGCGCCGGCGAGACGGUGGUGGUCGGGCGGCGCAGCGUCGGGGACGGCCUCAGGACGUUCGACACGGCGACGCUGUCGGUGUCCGGGGACGGGUUCAUGGUUCGCGACCUGACGGUGGAGAACCGCGCGGGGCCCGGGGAGCACCAGGCGGUGGCGCUACUGGUGAGCGCGGACCGGGCGGUGGCGUACCGGUGCGCUGUGCUCGGGUACCAGGACACGCUGUACGCGCACGCGCAGCGGCAGCUGUACCGCGAGUAA